AUGACCGCCCUCACAAUCACGACCACGGCCACGCCGACGCCCCCGCCUCCUCCGUACAAGGACGAGCACGACCAAGAUACGUUCAUCCACGAAAAGAAGAGCGCGCUGCACCUCACCUCGCCCGUCGCCCCCGCCUCCUCCACCUCCACGGCCAAGUACGAGAAAGUCAUCUGCAGCCACGACGUCAAGCUCUCGCCCAAGUGCCGCGGCUUCCUGAUCGGGCUCACCGUUAUCAAUCCGGCUGUUGGUCUUGCCGUCGCUCUCUGCCCUCACGGCCGCCGGCGAAAGUGCCGUACGUGUGGCGCGGUGGUAGUCGUGUCGCCCAAGCGGGCGUUCUGCUGA